UGGUAAGUGCGUGUCCUACGUUAUCAAAGAGUGAAAAGUUCUGGAAUCUAAAACUCGUUCGUGUUCGCGAGAGGUCAGGUCUCGCGCAAGUCGUCGUUCUGAUGAUCCGAUCGUGAUACACAACGGUUUUUCUUCGCGUGUUUGGCCGCGCGUUUUCCUUUCGCUCUCAUGCUACGCAAGAAAUAACGCACGGGUGACAACGUAUCUGCCGACAGUUUUGUCGUAACGCGCGCACUUGGCGUUCGGUUUGUCGCCUGGCUAUCGUGUCUCACGCCCAACCGAGUCGAGGGACGAUAACCUAAUUCGUCGACGAUUACGUGGACGGUUGCUUAAUUUGCCCGUAGGACACACACGGAAAAAUGGAGAAGAACAUAGGUCUUCAUGCGGCUCAACCUUCGGCUCCUCUACCAACGGCUCCGCCGUCUUACGAGGAAGCCAUAGCUAACACAGGAGGAGCACCACCAGUUCUUCCCACACCAUACCCCUUGGGAAACACGCCAAUACAAAUGCCUAUGCCAUACAGUCAGCCGCCAAAUCAAACAACAAUGCCUACACCGUCAGUUUACCCGGGCUCGAGCCAAUCAACAUCACAACCGCGGAGUUUCAACGCGGAGUUGAAUUCCGUACCGCAGACGGAAGUACGGGUCAUUCAACAACACGUAGUGUAUACUCUCGGGCCAAACGCAGUAAAAAUGACCUGUCCGACAUGUCACGCCGAUAUCAAAACUACCACAAUAUCGGAUCAUCAACCGAGCGCUCACAUUUGCUGCAUUGUACUUUGCUUACUUGGAUGCUGCCUCUGUUCAUGCCUGCCAUACUGUAUGAAUGCUUUCAUGAGCGUUCAUCACUUCUGUCCAAACUGCAAAAAUUAUAUUGGCACGUGGAAAGGUUGAUUUUAAAAUUACAAGUGCGAAUUACAUUU